GUAAAACAGCAGUAGGAAAACCAAAGCUGCUAUUGUUAGCCGCCGCCGCACAUGUCAUAACUUAUACAGCGGGGAGAAAUCGUUUCCCGGUUUGGGUAAUAAACGCGUUUUUCCUGUAGUGUUAUUCUAAAAAUCAUGAGCAGGAUAAGAAAAACAAAUUAAUAACAAUGCUGCAUAAACAAUCGCUACGUCCGGACUUCUUUAGUACUGUAUUUAUAUUCGUUCAAUUGGCAUUUUAUGCAGCUAGAGGAUUUGUUGCGAAUCCUUUGAGAGACGAUGUAUCCGAAUCUGUGGUGCACCGACGCUUGCGACCUUAUUAUCGCAAUGGUUCGUUUCCUCUGACUCGAACUUUGUUUGCGGACCAUCCGGAACGCCGGCGUUUUCCGAGGCAGCUGGAAGCGGAUGCCUACGCUCGCCAAGGGUCACGUUCGGAUGGGUCUGACCAGCAGCAGCAGAAGCGGCCUGAUCGUCUGUCAUACAGCAAUGGCACCGAAUUCGAUGACGACUACGAUCGCAGCGAACUAGAGCAGCGUCGUAGUUAUGCGGCUAGGAAAACUCAGGAACGCCGACUACGUAAUCAGUAUGCAGGAGGGGAUUACGAUUAUUCUAGAGAAUCUGAAAGCGAAUACUUUCUGCAGCAGGGCCCCUAUCCGCAUGAAGACAAAGAAUGUAGAUACGUCACGCGUCAAACGAAGUCGUCCCUCAACAGCCUCCCCAUCACAUCCGGCAGUGCUGUGGUUUCGCUUCCCAUGGGGAGCUUUGUACUGUACUGUACGCAAAAUCCAAACGGCAAAAUCCUGACAUUUCCACUCUACUGCAAUGAAGAGGCAAAUAACGGCCAUGCUGCCGGGACCGGCGGUAUUGUCACUGAUAUCGAGCACCCAUGCCACCAGCUGAAGGUGGUAGAAGAUCGGAACAACCUACAGAAUCCUGCGCAUUUUGUCAUACCCCUAACAAAAGGCUAUUACACAAGACCAUAUCGAGUGGAUUACGACACUGGCGGUUUUACGUUAUUUCCGGCUCUGGAAGCAUUCUAUUUCAAAUACCUGACUGAUGUCGAGACAGUAUUUUUUGGCGGCGCGGGGACCGUCUUGCUUUUCGCGAACGAUAAUCAAGAAGCCGGUGCGCCCUUUGCGGAUACUCUGGCUCCCAUCUAUUUAGUAAAACAUGGGGAGAUACGGUUGUGCGGGUUCACGGAUAUACAGAACACCCGAAAGGUCACCGCUUGGAAACGGCCAGAUAAAACAAGCUCCAUGAUCGUGGCCUAUCUACAACAACGCAGCGGCACCAGGCGAUCAUUGUUGCACUUUUUCGAAAUUCGCCUCCACAGAGGCCAUUGCGUCAGCAGGCACUAUGAAUACCAGCAAACACUGGGAGCAGCUGAGUAUCGAGGAGGGCGGAAUACGCAGUGCGCUUACGAACCGUUCACCGUGGAUCAUUGUCUGUGCGGAGCUCAAGAUAUCAAGUUCGUGUCUUCAAAAGGCUACCAAACAUCACACUUAGUAAUUGGUUUGUCAUUGCGCGCUGAAAAGGAGAAUGACGCUUGCCCUGUAUCAGAGCGAAUUAUGCCGGAAAAUGCCUUUGACAAAUCAUUCUGCUGCUGCCCUCAUGCUAACCAAUAUUCUUUCCUUUUGGAUUAUUCCCAUGAAUCCCGAAAGUUUGGCAAAUCUGGCCGGCAUGGAGUAUUAGAUUUGCGAAGUCUCCAGGGAGACAGUGCGGCUGUCACGGAGAUCAGAGAGAUAAAAACCGAGAGCUGUUGCAAUAUCUUCCAAACGAGUAGCCCUUCCGGCAGGACGGAAUUAUAUUCCAUUGAGCCGGACGACGAUGGCUUCCCGCAGUUGUUUCAGUUUAUUGAUCAUGGACUUCCGCCUUAUGCUCAUAGCUCAUCAUUAGGUUACUGCGACACCAACGAUGUUAUUGUCAGCUAUGAUCUUCACGCCUUUCAGUCAGAUAACACCAUAUUCCACAUCAAAUGCAGCAAAGAUACUCCUUUCCAUCCUUCCAGCACGAGGCAUUCCCCGAAUAUGUCCUUGGCGGAACACCGAAGCCAGUCAAAGUGGCUGGAUUACCGUUCGGCGUACUACAGUCAACAACCGUACAACCGUUCCACCCUGAACGCCCAUCCCAAAGCCGGGUCCGUGUACAGUCCACUACCUCAUGCUCCCACGCGUUAUCAAUCCUACAGAUUCCGUAAUUUACCAUCGGAACCCCGAUGGUCCUCGUCCAGUGCCGACCACGGCAGACUGUCGGCCAUCCAUCCGGAUUCAGAUGACUACUACAGCCGCAACAUGACCGGCAUCGGCAGCAGCCGACGGAAACCCCGCGAUUAUCCCUACCCGGCACCGCCGAAUCCGCGCUAUAUGCGACCACCUUCAGAGCCACGGAAGAGAUUUUCCUCUUAUCCGCCGGGUAUGCCUCUAGCUCACUUCAAUCCUAAUCCUUACCGGACAACUGCAAAAAGUCCUACCAUUCGUGUCAACAGUACAACGGAUUUAAACAUUUCGCCCAUUCCCACGUACAGUCUUUAUAUAUUCACCGGGAAGAAUGAUACCGACAGCCGGCCUUACCGACCACCUUAUCUUGUACCAAAUGGUCAGCACACGAUUCACCCCGGGAUACGAUACAACGAAACUGCAUGACCACCGUCGAUAAUAAUAAUUAUACAAAUAUAGCUAACAUCUGCAUCUUUUUCUCACCCACAUAUAGCACAAACGUUUUUGUUACAGCAGUGAUCAGCAUAACUACGUAUAGUAUCAUAAAAAUUUAUUAAAUUCUUCUGGGAGAGUGUGAUAUAUUUCUAUGAUAUUUUUUGUGUGUUGUUAAUACAAAAAUUUCUUUCAUGAAUAAGAAUAAACUGUCUGACAAUUGUGAAA